AUGGGCGAGCUUCUCUUCUCCAGGGCGCAGUUGCUUCUCUUCGGCUUCUCUUCGACUUCGCCUCCGGGCCUUCUCACGCCCCUUUGCCCCGAUAUCCCAGAACUACCCUGCAACGGAGAGGCCAGCUUACUGCCUUCAGCUGGGCUGCCUGGCCUUACACUUCCGGCGCGAAAGUUCACGUCACGACGUGGCGCGCCUCGAAACCAGGAAGCAACCACUUUCCAUCUCAUAUUCCUAAUGAAGUUGAAGAAAAUGACAGCGUCUCUAAAGCUUCUUAAGACAUCAGAAAUUAUUCUUAAAACCAGAGAGAGUCAGAAUCAACUAGCUGUGGACCAAAUAGCUUUCCAAAAGAAGCUCUUUCAGACCCUGAAGAGACACCCUUCCUAUCCCAAAAUAAUAGAAGAAUUUGUUAGUGGCCUGGAGUCUUACAUUGAGGAUGAAGACAGUUUCAGGAACUGCCUUUUGCCUUGUGAGCGUCUGCAGGAUGAGGAAGCCAGUAUGGGUGCAUCUUAUUCUAAGAGUCUUAUCAAACUGCUUCUGGGGAUUGACAUACUACAGCCUGCCAUUAUCAAAACCUUGUUUGAGAAGUUGCCAGAAUAUUUUUUUGAAAAGAAGAUAGUACAGAUUGCUAUUCAGAAGGCUGUGUCAGAUGCAUUCCAGAGACUGUUGAUUGUGGUUCUAGGUAAAACUUUCUCAAUCGUCCUUGAAGUACUUCAGUUUCAAUGA